AUGGCGGAGAGGGCGAAAUCUUCCCCCGGCUCUGGCUGGGGCGGAGUCUCCCUACAGCUGCCCACCUUCUCCUCCUUCCCCGCAACUUCCGCCACACCCACCCCGCAGCCCUCCGCGCAGACCCCCUCGACCGCGCUGGCGGGAAUGGCUUCCGCCUUCCAGUCGUUCGGCUCCGCCUUCCAGUCCUUCGCGGGCACCGUCGCCUCCGCCAUGCCCCCCGUGUCCCCCCAGGGGAAGGCGCAGCCCGGCGGGCGGGGCGCGGGGGGGCACGCGGACGGCGAGCGCGUGCAGGAGUUCCUGCAGGAGCUGUCCGCCAAGUCGCAGCGAGGGGUUGGGGGCGGUGAGGAGGUGUACGAUCCGGCGAUGCUGACGGACGACAAGAAGCAGUGGAAGGAGCUGCAAUCCGUGAACAGUGUACGGCUGUCGCUCCCCUUCCCCAUACCAGUGCACACAACCGACUGCUGGAAGCCGACACAUUUUGUGGUGGUGGGUGGGGCUGCACCCCAAGGCGGAUCUCAGCGCCGUGGAGGCGGCUCAGUAACUCCUCCCCCCACCCCUCCUCAUCCCUGCCCCACAGCGCAACCGACUGCUGGGAGCCGACACAUGUAUCGACCAUUUUGUGCUGGUGGGGCUGCACUGCACCCCAACGCGGAUCUCAAUAGCCCCUCAUCCCACCCUCUUUUUGUUCCUCCCCAACAGCGCAAUCGGUUGCUAGAAGCCGACACAUUCAUCGAUCACUUGGUGCUGCGCAAUCGUCUAUUGGAAGCAGACACGUUCAUAGACCACUUUGUGGUGGUGGGGCUGCACCCCGAGGCGGACCUCAGCAGCGUGGAGGCGGCCUUCGCCACACACAAGCGCGGGCAGCUCAACGGCACUGUCAGUGACUCCGUGCCGCCGCCCGCUGUGAACCUAGAUGCCCAGCUGCUGUACAAGUACCCGCCGCGCAAGAAGCUUGCUCUCUCGCCUUCCGACCUGCCAGGCUUCUGCUUCCCAAACGGUGUUGAGGCGAGGUGCAUGGAGAAGACACCGUCAAUGAAGGGCUUCCACCAGUCCAUCUACGGCCAGGCGUACCAGACGGCGGACGACAAUGCAUACGUGUUCCUCCUGGCAGUGGACGACAACGCCACGCUGUACGGCGUGUGCAUGGUGGUGCACGAGGUCGUGCAACGCCCGCCCUCCGUGCUCGCAAUGAACAACGCCCUCCACGGCCCCAAGCCCGCCGGCCUGCCCUCCAAGUACCUUGUGACCGCCCCGCGCUGCUACUGCUUCCUGACCCGUCUUCCGUUCUUCGACCUGCACUUUGAGGUGCUCAACACCAUCCUGGUGCAGGAGCGACUAGACCACAUGAAGCAGCACAUGCGGAGCAUCAACGCCAGCAGCACAUGCCAUCUCUCUUCCCACCCGUGCACCACCUCUCGACACCCGUCCACCCCUCCCUGCCACCUUUCUCUCCCCACAUCACCCCCCCACCCCUUCCCCAGCAUCCUGGUGCAGGAGCGCCUGGACCACAUGAAGCAGCACAUGCGGCGCAUCAACGCAGGGGGCAUCCAAGCCAUGCGACGGGGGGGCUUUCACAGCGACGACGACGACGAUGACGACGAUGACGAUGACGAUGGCAUGGGCAUGGGCGCGGGUGGGAAGUCAUUUCGAGGCAAGAAGAAGAAGGAGAAGGAUCCGAUGUCGUUCGCUGUGCCGGUUUCCACGCUCGCCCCGGCCCACUCCUUCUCUCGCUCGCCGUCGUCGCGGCGGCUGCAGGGCGUGAUGAAGCUGAAGGGGGAGGCGGAGCAGCAGGUGGGACGGCGGAGCUUUAAGAGCUUAAGGGGCCUGUCGAAUGUGAAGGGGCUGCAGGGGUUUAUUGCCCAGCUGCAGGCGGAGCAGCUUGGGGAGGAGGGGAAGGGGGGUGGGGAGGGGGAGGGGAUGGCGGAAGGGAGGAUUGAGGAGGGCGAGGAGGGAGAAGAGGGGGAGGAGGGGGAGGAGGGGGAGCAGAGCGGUUUUGCGGAGGGGGAGGAGGAGGGGGAGGGUGAGGGGGAGUGGGAAGGCGAGGAAGAGGGGGAUGAGGACGAGGAGAUGGAAGCGGGUGCGGCUGAGGGGAGUGAGGAGGAGGCGGGGGAGGGCGAGCAUGAGGAGCAAGAGGAGGAGGAAGCGGGAGAGGGAGAAGAAGAGGAGGAAGACGAUGAGGAUGAGGAGUUUUCUAUGAGGCAGGCAGCGCGGCGGGGCCGGCUGAUGGUACCUAAGGAGCUGCUGCAAGCACACGAGGAGGAGGCGGGGCGGGCGGGCGCCGGCGGUAUGUGGCAUUCGGACAGCGUGGGGUAUGGCAUGGGGGACGAUGAGGUGGAUGGGGAACUGAAAGAGCAUGUGAGGGAGUUGCUGGGGGAGCUUGUGGGCGGCGCCGGGGAGGACGAGGAGGAGGAGGGGGAGGGGGAGGAGGGGGAGGAGGGAGGGGAGGGAGGGGAGGGGAACGUGCACAUGGAGGGCGGGUUUACGUUCAUCGCUGGUGUGCUGAAGCGGAGUUACCGUGAUCUGGGGCGGGAGUGGAGGGAGGAGGGCGACGAGGAGAGGCAGGGCGCGGGAGGCAAGGGUGGUAAGAGCCCAAAAAGCCCCAGGAGUUCCAAGGGGCCGAGUAGCUUUAAGGGUGGCAAGAGUCCCAGGGAGGGGGGUGGGUUUGAGGAUGGCGCGGGUGGUAAGGAGGGCGGUGGAGGGGACGAGGGGAGCGGGCGGGCGCCGUCUCGACGGGUCAAGGCAGUGUCGUUUGGGGGAGUGGGUCAGGCGGAGGAGGGUGAGAAUGAUGGGGCGACGGGGGAAGGAGGAGGGGGGAAGGGAGGUGCAGGGGAGGGAGGGGAGGAGGAGAGUGGGGCAGUGGGUGUGGGGAGGGGUGGGAGGAGGAAGAAGCUGGAGCGAGUGAUGACUGUGGAGGCCGGGGAGGCGAGGAGGAGGGCGGAGAGGGAGGAGGACAGUGAGGUGGAGAAGAAGGCUCACAGAGAGAGGCAGCGCCUGGUGCGGCUGAUGACGGUGGAGAGUGGUGGAGAGGGAUGGGUGGGCGGAGAGAGAGAGGAGGACGAGGAGGAGGAGUGGGGGGAGGAGGCGGAGGACGAGGUGGAGGAGGAGGAAGAGGAAGAGGAGGAGGAAAACGAGGAGGAAGAGGAGGAGAGGAGGACAGUGGGGCGGCAGGGAAAGAAGCUGGUACGUCUGAUGACAGAGGAGGCCGGGCGAGCAGGGGGGACGGCGCGGGGUGGCGGGAAGAAGCUGGUGAGGCUGAUGACUGAAGAGGCAGGGCGAGCGAAGGGAAGGGGGGGAGGGGAAGUGGAGCAAGGAGAAGAGGAGGGAGAGGAGGGCGAGGAGCAAGUAAGGAGCGAGGUGGGCAGGAGUGGGAGGAAGAAGCUGGUCCGUUUGAUGACGGAAGAACCAGGACGAGCAAUGGGGAGAGGGGGAGGUGGGGAAGAGGAAGGUGGUGAGGAGGGAGAGGAGGGAGAGGAGGGAGAGGAGGGAGAGGAGGGCGCGGAGCAGGUAAGGAACAAAAGCACUGGCAGUGGGAGGAAGAAGCUGGUGCGUCUGAUGACAGAGGAGGCUGGGCGAGCAGGGGGGAUGGGGCGAGGUAGCGGAAAGAAGCUGGUACGGCUGAUGACUGAAGAGGCGGGGCGGGCAGCAGAGAGAGGGGAAGGUGGGGGGUGGGAGGAAGAAGAGGAAGAGGAGGUGGAGGAUGAGGAGGGAGAGGAGCAGGUAAGGAGCGAGGUGGGCAGGAGUGGGAGGAAGAAACUGGUGCGUUUGAUGACAGAGGAGGCAGGACAAGCAAGUAGGAAGGGAGCAGGUGGGGGGAAGAAGCUGGUUCGACUGAUGACUGAAGAAGUGGGGCAGGCAGGGGGGAAGGGGUCGGGUGGGGGUAAGAAGCUAGUUCGACUGAUGACUGAAGAGAAUGGGGCUUUGGGCGGGAUAGGGGAGGACGAGGAGUGGGAUGAUGAAGAAAUGGUUACGCUGUGGGAAGGGGAGGAUGAGAGCGAGGAGGAGGAGGAGGGGAGUUGGGAGGAGGAGGAGAGUGGGGAGGAGGAGCGCGAAGGCGGGCGCAUGGGGGGGGCUGGGGGGUCGUCUCUGAAGCUGCGACGCUCCAUGACUGUAGACGACGAUGAUAACCCGUUAGGCCCGUGCCCUUAUAACGAGUACGACAUGCGUGCGGGCACCGGGGGUAGCAAGGCGGCGAAGGGCGGUGGGGAUGGGGCAGGAGGUGGUGGGGGCCGUGGGGCCAUGGAGCGCAAGGCGUCGCUGAAGCUGGCUCGCAGCAUCAGUGAGGACUCCGGGUCUGAGGAGGAACUGCCAGGGUACGAGGGGGAGGGGGACGAGGAGGAGGGGGGCGGGGGGGAGAGUGAGGAGGAGGAUUCGGAGGAGGAGCAGUAUGGGGACGAGGAGGAGGAGGACGACGACGAUGCUUUCUAUCGCGGGCUCGUGGAGGGGGGGGAGGGCGAGGGGGCGGGGGGGGAGCGGGGGGAGGGGGAGGGGGAGGGGGACUGCGGGGCGGAGGCUGUGCGGCAAUGGGCCGAGGAUCAUCACAACGACGCGCUUCAAAUCGUGUGCGCGUACCACACCUCUGCAGUCCCUCCGUGCGGCCAGGCCAUGCUCUUCCACCCGCUGCCGCACCUGCUGCCGCUCGGCUUCUCCCGCAGCGAGCUGGAUAUUGACGAGCGCUGCUUCCCCGCCCACGCUGACGACUUACUCCUCAGAGAGCUCAUGCAUGCUGAGGAGGCCGCUGGGGUCGCGUGCUUCGCCGUUGCUGCUGCGUGUCGUGCUCUCAGCCUCGAUAAUGAGGCUGCUUCUCCCAUGCACGCCGAGGAGGCUGCUGGGGUGGCUUGUUUUGCUGUUGCUGCUGGGGUGGCUUGUUUUGCUGUUGCUGCUGGGGUGGCUUGUUUUGCUGUUGCUGCUGGGGUGGCUUGUUUUGCUGUUGCUGCUGGGGUGGCUUGUUUUGCUGUUGCUGCUGGGGUGGCUUGUUUUGCUGUUGCUGCUGGGGUGGCUUGUUUUGCUGUUGCUGCUGGGGUGGCUUGUUUUGCUGUUGCUGCUGGGGUGGCUUGUUUUGCUGUUGCUGCUGGGGUGGCUUGUUUUGCUGUUGCUGCUGCUUGCCGCGCUCUCAGCCUUGACAAUAUCCUCACGGUGCUAGCAGCGGUGCUGUUGGAGCGACAGAUCGUCUUCGUCUGCCCCAACCUGAGUGUGCUGUCAGCGGUGGUGCUAUCACUCAUCCCCAUGAUCCGCCCCUUCUCCUGGCAGUCCGUGCUGCUGCCGAUUCUGCCCAGCCAGCUCCUCACAUUCCUCGAUGCGCCAGUGCCCUUCCUUGUGGGCAUGCAGUACAAGACAGUGGAGCUCAAGGACCGAGCCAGCAGCAACCUCAUCCGAGUGAACAUUCCCAAGGACAAGGUGAAGGUGCCCACAUACCUGCCGCGCCUACCAGACGAGGUGGACCUGUACAGCCGCCUCGAGCCAUACCAUUCCGCCCUCGCCUCCGUGCCGCAUGCUGACAAGCGCCCCAUGUACCGCACCACUGAGGACCAGGUGGCGGCAGCAGACGGCUUUCUGAUGACGCUGAGGAGCUACAUUGACACCUUCUGCACCGACGUGCGCAUUCACACCAUCACCAGCGUCAACCAGGGUGGCCAGCGGGCCGCUUCCAAGCCCGGCGGCGUUCUCAAGGGAGUGGAAGACGCCGCGCCGCACCGCCUCUCCUCCACGUUGCCGCAGCGCGUGCCGGAGCUGGUGGACCUGCGGGAGACGAUGGAGGAGGUGGUGCCGGAGCAGCGCGCGCGACUCGCGGAGAUUAAAGCCAAGUACGGCGACAUGGUCCUGGGUGACGUCACCGUCAACAUGGCGGUGGGCGGAAUGCGCGGCAUCAAGGGCCUUCUCUGGGAGACGUCGCAGCUCGACCCGCUCCAGGGCAUCAAGUUCCGCGGGCUGUCCAUUCCUGACUGCCAGGCGCAGCUGCCCUCCGCGCUCGACGGCGGCCAGCCACUGCCCGAGGCGCUGCUCUGGUUGUUGCUCACGGGCGAGGUUCCCACGGAAGAGCAGGCGGUGUCGCUGGCCGUGGAGCUGCAGGACAGAGCGCGACUGCCAGACGCGGUGUGUCAGGUCAUAUGGUCGCUGCCCCCAUCGCUGCACCCAAUGACUCAACUCUCCAUAGCAGUGCUCGCUCUUCAACGCACCUCCAAGUUCGCAGCCGCGUACCACCGCGGCACGCACAAGCGAGACCUCUGGCGCUACGCACUAGACGACAGCCUAGAUCUGAUCGCCGCCCUGCCGGAGAUCGCCGCCCGGAUCUACAACCGCAGCUGCAAGGAGGGCGGCGCGCGGCCGGGCGUGCGGGCGGCACGGGAGGAUCUGGAUUAUGCGGGGAAUCUGGCGCACAUGAUGGGGUUCGAUGAUGAGAGGAUGGACGAGCUCUUGCGGCUGUACCUCACCAUCCACGCGGACCACGAGGGCGGCAACGUGAGCGCGCAUUCCACCCACCUGGUGGGGUCGGCGUUGUCCGACCCGUUCCUCGCCCUCUCUGCUGGCCUCAAUGGGCUCGCCGGCCCGCUGCACGGGCUGGCCAAUCAGGAGGUGCUGGGGUGGCUGCACGCGCUAAGAGCGGAAUUGGGGGAGAGACCGAGCAAGGAGCAGCUGGGGGAGCACGUGAGGCGGGGGCUGGCAGCAGGGCGGGUGGUGCCGGGGUAUGGGCAUGCUGUGCUGCGCGUGACUGACCCGCGCUACUCGUGCCACGGGAGUUCGCACGGCAGCACAUGCCGCACGACCCCAUGGGUGGUGCCGGGGUAUGGGCAUGCUGUGCUGCGAGUGACUGAUCCACUCUACUCGUGCCAGCGGGAGUUCGCAUGGCAGCACAUGGCCCACGACCCCAUGGUGCAGCUGGUAUCAGACCUGUACGAGGUGGUGCCGCCCAUUCUGAAGGAGACUGGCAAGGUGCAGAACCCCUGGCCCAACGUGGACGCGCAUAGCGGCGUGCUGCUGCAGCACCUCGGGUUAACCAAUGCCAACUUCUACACUGUGCUGUUCGGCGUCUCUCGAGCCAUGGGCGUGCUUUCUCAGCUGGUGUGGGACCGGGCCUUGGGAUUGCCGUUGGAGCGCCCCAAGAGCAUCACCAUGGACUGGAUUCAGCAACAUGCAGCAGACACGGGCUUUAUGGGCGAAGCUCACACGCACACACAUGCCGCCAAGACGGCAGCAUGA